AUGUUUUAUUCAAUAACUCGAAUGGUAACUCAACGUAAUUCAGUUGCAAGAGUUGGAUUAAGAGCUUUAAGCCAAAAUGCAACUUUUUUUAAAGAAAAGUUCUAUGAUGAACAAAUAGAACAAAUUAAAUCAGUUGGUGAGCACAUUCCACAAGACUGGACUACUUUUAAGAAUGACGUUUUAACCAUGGAAGGCAAUGUUAACAAAAAAAAUAUAGAUGCGAUCAUUCUAAAAUAUAUGACUUCUUUGAAGAAAUAUGAUAUUGCAUUAUCAUUUGCCCAACAUUUAAAAAGUAAAGGGGAAGAAUUGUCUUUGGGAACAAUCAAUAGCUUACUGAAUCUGUAUUACGAAAUAUCGAAGAAGGAGAAAUUAACAAAGGAUCAAACACACUUUAUUUUAGAUGCUCAUAAAAGUUUAUAUGGUAAAUAUAAAGUGUUAGAGUACAGUACAUGUGAACGUCUGUUGCAUGCACUGUGUGCUAUAAAUGAAACUGAAAAAGCUCUGAAAGUAUUAAGCGACAUACAUUUAACCACAGCACCAUCACAUUCAGCCUAUAGCACUCUGGUAGCAACCUUCUUUAACCUUAAUAAGAAGAAAAAGGCCUUAGAACUAAUUGAUGAAAGUAUAAAAAGCAAAAGACCAUUACUCGAAAAUGCUUAUGGAGCAUGGAUAGACUAUGUUUUGAGAAAAUAUAAAGACAAGAAAACCAUUGAGAAAUAUUUAAAUGAAAUAUUUUCUUUUGUUGCUAAAAAUUGUGCUGUUAUACCUUUGCAAACUGCUAAUAAAUUAAAAGAUGUAUAUGGCACUUUAAAUUGGAAUGCAGGUUUUGCCAAAAUAAGGAAAGUAAAUGGCCAGUGUUCAUGCUGUAAGGAUACAUUGGACUGCUUAACAUUAACAAGUGAUGAAUUUGACAAACUACAAAGUAUAGUAAAAGAAAAACUUAUUGUAGGUUCAGAUUUGUUCUUAAAAACAUCACCCGAAGAACUAAAGCGCUUUACCGACUUUGUAGACAAAACUGCACCUUAUGACAUUGUUUUAGAUGGACUUAACAUAGCUUAUGGUGUUGGUAUGGCCUCACAUUUAAACAAGAUGAUGUUUCUGAACCAAGUUGUUGAUCAUUUUGUGAGACGGAACAAAAAGAUACUGCUUUUAGGCAGGCAGCAUAUGAUGAGGUGGAAUAUGAAAAUAAUGCAGCAAAUUAUGCGGAAAACUGAAUGUUUCUUUACUGAAAAUGUUUCUCAAGAUGACCCAUACUUCAUAACAGCAGCUCUACUCAGUGGUCCUCAUACUGAUAUAGUUUCCAAAGACUUGUUGAGAGGACAUAAGUUCCUUCUAAAAGAUGAAAGUUUGAUACACAUUUUCAAAAGAUGGCAGUGGCAGCACCAAUGGAUGAUAUUUCAGAAUGCUCAAAGAAGACCUUCCAUCCAGGCGCCCUUGAUGUUUACUCCCUGUGCUCAAAAGAAGAAUAACACAUGGCAUCUACCAUUCGAGCAGGAAGCGUCGCCAGUUAUAGCAAACGUCAACGACGGAAUACCAGACUUACACAGUUGGAUGUGUUUAAGAAUUAAUAAAUAA